AUGGCGACGGUGGCUCAAACUUCGUCCCAGACUCCUCAGCCGCUGGUCACAGUACAGCUUACGCCCAUCGAGAACACCUUAAAAGAACUCCUCCUCGAUGUCGCCAAAUACACACGAGAACGAGCAAUCGCUGCCGGCGCGAGCGAGGCGGAUACCCCCCACAUGGUGCUUCGAUUCACAGGAGGAUGGGUGAGGGACAAGCUGCUUGGAGUCGACAGUCAUGAUAUCGAUGUAGGAAUUAGCUCCAUGACUGGUUAUCAAUUUGGCAUGGCUCUCAAAGAUUAUCUGGACAUUCCUGAAAAUUUGGAAAAGUACAAGCGCAACCACCCUAAUGGAGAGCUGAACGAGGCUAUCGUCAGUCUGCACAAAAUUGAAGCAAAUCCAGAAAAGUCCAAACAUCUGGAAACUGUAACAACUAAGAUCUUUGGCUUGGAUAUUGAUCUGGUCAAUCUUCGAAAGGAGACAUAUACGGAUGAUACCCGGAACCCGCAGAUGGAGUUCGGCACCGCCGAAGAAGAUGCCUUACGUCGUGAUGCAACAAUCAAUGCUCUUUUCUACAAUUUGAAUGAGUCCAAAGUGGAAGACUUGACUGGACGAGGGUUUUCAGACAUGAGGAACAAGAUUAUCCGAACUCCAUUAGAGCCAUACCAGACCUUCAAAGACGAUCCUUUACGUGUGCUACGGUUGAUCCGAUUCGCCAGCCGCCUGGGCUAUCAAAUCGAUUCAAAUACAGAAAGGGCGAUGCAGAACAGUGAUAUUAGUGCGACACUAAAAGUGAAGAUCAGUAGGGAACGCGUGGGGACAGAGUUGGAGAAGAUGCUCAAAGGACCCGAUCCUCGAAACGCGCUGCAAUUCAUUGAUCGACUUGGACUCUACCAUACUAUCUUCGCCAAUCACCAAGACGAUGUCAGCGCUGAUACAUCCUCUUGGUCGCUCGCCUACAACGCUCUGGAAUCCCUUUCGCAUCCUGUUGGGGCAUCGAAGGCCACGCUCGAGAAAGUGCGCGACUUCCUCAUGCGUAAUCCACUCGAGUCAUAUUAUGCAUGGAUGAUUGCUGCAUUAGCGCCCUGGUCUAGCGUGCCAACACGCAUAGCAAAAGGACCGAAAGCCAAAGCCUUUCCCCCUCGAGCGGCAGAGGUGGCAAGAGACAGCCUCCGCUCUGACAAUAAGAUGGUCAGCGUUCUCGGUGAUGCGGCUGCCAGUUGGAGGUCCAUUAUUGAUGUCAAGUCUUCGCUCCUGGAGGGCCGCAUGAAAGGAACAUCUCCCGAAGUACGGCAACAAAUCGGCUUGUACAUCAAGAGCUGGAAGAAGGACUGGAGACUCUGCAUACUCUUGGCUAUUCUGCAGGAGAUCAUGAGAGGAAGAGAGUUCCUACCUGUGAUCCAAGAAUAUGACAGAUUUAUAUCGUACAUUAUUCAGAACGACCUGCAAGGCGUGUGUGAAAUGAAGCCUAUUGUGAAUGGAGGGGAAAUCAUGAAGGCUCUAGAGGCAAAGAAUGGGCCUUGGUUGAGCAAAGCAUUGGAUAUGGUGUUUAAGUGGCAGCUUCUACACCCUGAAAUUACGGAGAAGGAAAAGGCACUGGAAUAUUUGUUAGAUAGAGAAGAUGAGUUAGAGCUCCGCGCAGCGGCACGUGAGACCCUCCAGCGACGAGACUCUAGUAUAAUUCCAGAGGCACGUUUAGACAGCAUAAACAUCCCUGGAGACCUAGAUCUGUUAUGGCACAAUGUAUCAUCUUAUCAAGCCCAGAAUACAGCAAACACAUGCGAGAAUCUUCUUGUCGCCCAAGCAUUUUUGACAAGCCAAAGCUCGAAGAGCUUAUCUGAAACUGAGGAAAAUGCUGUCAAUAAUCUUUAUGCGUGGGCCAGUGAGCUCGCACUUCCGUCUGCAGUCUUCGCGACGACAGAGGUAGGAUCCUCUGACGUGGAGAAGACUGAAACGAUCCGCGAGAAUAAGCUUCAGCUGGAACUUGCUGUCUCUGUCCUUGUUGCGCUGAAUUCUCUGCUGCGGAUUCAAAAAUCAGCGCACGCGACAGAUGUGAUCACUGCGCUGGCGAGUUUCACAUCUGAGCAAGACUCUUGGACGACACGGGACACUUAUAUGAAGUCGAAGAAAACCCUAGAGAGAUUAAGUACGAACGUUCGUGGCGAAGCAGAUAGCUCCUUCUGGUCUCUCGUUGAAAGGAUUCUCAAAGAGAGAAUCAAGCCGUUAUUCGCGAAGACAAAAAAUCCCGCAAUCACUGCCGAGGGCAGAAAGAACUUUCAUCCUGUCCCCCUCCCGCGAUUUGAUGCCAGCAUCAUCGAUCCGGCGACGAAGCCGUGGAAGAUCAGUGAUGUCUACGCUACUACAGUGCUAGCCUGGGUGAUCGCGCAGUACCAGGCAAAAGAUAGACCCUAUCUAGAAGCACACGUUCCACUACUCGUCCCACCAAUUCUCGCCCUAAUAGACGACGACAGCGUUGCCUACAAGACACGCGGCUGCAUUCUCUUGAACCAACUCCUCAACCCAAUCCGGGAAAGCAGAUCUGACAUCCUCCAGAGGACAAACCUGGCGUCUGUCUUCGAGGACGCCGUCAGACCAUGUCUCCUCUCUUUACCGUCGAUUACACCCGAAGACGACGCCAUCAAGUUGCUCGGGGUAGCCUACCCAGCUCUGCUCUCCCUCCUACAAACAAACUACCACGCCACCACCCCAAGGUCAGCCGCAAACUCAAGCAGAGACAAUUAUAUCUCCAGCGUGACAAGAACUCUCCGCGAGAAUCUCAUCUCCUCAUUCCACCACAUCAGUUCAACAAACAGGAGCUCAACCUCCUCGUUCGCAACGUUCCCAUAUCCGCGUCUCUCGACACUGCUCGUCGACCAGAUGUACCCUCUACUCCUGGAGCUUGGCAUCCACACGACAAAGUACCUUCAAGAGAUUGUCCCUCUGCUGUACAGUACGUUGUCAAACCCUUUCGGAACAGCAUACCCGCCUCUUCUCCUUUCCGCGAUCGCCGUAACACGUGCUGUGGUUCUGAACGCGCAUCCACGACUGUGGCGAUGGCGCGGUGAGAUCCUCGGCGCGCUGUGCUCGUGUUGGCUGCGCGUAGUUGAGGAAGAAGGCGAGAUCGCCGAGCGGGCUUUCAAGGGGCGGAGUGCGGGCGAGGACCAGGAGACUGGCGCCGCGCUGACCAAGCUCAAGAAGGAGCUGAGGGGGGCGGUGUACCUGUUGAGGUUUGCGCUGGAGAAUCCAGCGCAGGCGGACGGAGAUGUUGGCCAGUUGGAAGCGAAGGCUGCUAUUCGAAAGGAAUUGCAGGAACUAGUUGACGCGGAUGAGUCUCUUGCGGACUUACUUCUUGUGGAUAUUGAUCCUAAUGAUGCGGACUUUUUCGGGAUAGAUCCGUGA